AUCAUUUGCUUGACGAAGAAGGCAAAAACACAUUUGUUUAAGUUUGUACUUAGGUAUUAACUACAUGUAUAUUGAUGUCGUCCUCCACAGAUGUAUGAAUUUGAUACAGUAAAUUAAUGAAUGACUUAGCCUUCAAUUUUCAUUUACUACAUUGAAUAAUUCUGUUUGAAAAAAUGGAGGUUCCUGGAAAGAGGGAAAUAAAUAAUUUUUCUUGUAAGCCAUGUGAAGAAAGUGAUAUGUUGACUCAAGCGGAUGGAUUUUGUACGAAUUGUGAAGAGUAUAUGUGUUCCAGUUGUUUUAAUACACACAAAAAGUAUAAGCUUAAUCGAGAUCACACUUUAAUGGACUGUAAUGAGGAAAUAACCCGGAGAGAAGAUUCUAGUAAUUUUGAGAAAUGCGAGCAACACUUUAGCGAAUCCGUGAAGUUUUACUGUGCACAGCACAAGCAAGUUGGUUGUGGAGAUUGUAUGGUCAUAGGUCAUAGAUCAUGUAAGGUCGAUUAUAUUCUUGAUAAGGCGAAUGAUCUUAAAGGCACAACAGAGCUGGAGUCUUUGGCCAAAGGACCGGAAAUAUGCACGACUGAAGCUAAACGAUUAUUGUCGUCAAUAAAGAUCAAUAAAGUUCAAGUUGAUGAUAUCAAUGAUAAGUUUAAACAGGAAGUUAAUCUGUUUUGGGAAGAGAUAACUACACAAAUCAACAACUUGAGAGAUCGUAUGCUUAAAGAAGGCGAAUGCAUAAAGGACAGAGAUAGUUUGAGUAUGGAAAAGUUAGAAGGCGAAACUGAAAGUUUGAUAAAUGAUCUGAAUGUUAUAUCUGAUUUAUUUAAGUCAAAGGUGCAGAGUCCAAGUCAGCUCUUUGUCUGUUCUGUUUCACAAAAACCUAAGUUGGAUCGACUUAUGAAACAACUUAAUGAUAUCAAAAGCAGAAACAAAAUUGAGACUUACGAAUUCAUAGAGGAUAGCAAUAUAACCCGCACUUUGGCGAGCCUUGGUCAACUGGAAAGGCUUCAGGAAGUCGAAGAUGUAUUCGAACCUUUGAAGACAUUUGAAGAUACAGCAAGAAGUGCUGUUUCAACACCAUUACUAGAAAGGCAAUUGAUAUGUAGACAUAUGAAAGUGGAUGGCGAAUAUCUCACUUAUGCAGACAAUGGAAACGGAGAUGUUGGACUGUACGUUGAUAAGUGUCCAAUAGAGAAUGACAGAUAUUUCGAAAUUGAGAUACUGAGUUUAGGACGAAGCGGAACAAUUGCUUUGGGUUUGGUGCCAAACGGUUACCCAGGAAAUAUGCAGCCUGGAUGGGGAAAGAACUCUAUAGGAUAUCAUGCAGACGAUGGCCGGCUUUAUAACGAAAGUGGAAGGGGCACGGUGUUUGGGCCGAAAUGUCUCGUUGGUGACAAGAUUGGUUGCUGGAUAAACGGAUGUCGUGUACAGUGGUAAAAAACUAUUGACACGAAAA